GAAGGUAUAGGGAUAUGUGUAAAAAUAGGACACACUCAGAUCCAUGAGGGUACGGAUGGCCAUAAGUCUGGCAGUGUCCUAUCCUUAUGUGGACAUAAUCGACCACGACAAGGGCUUAACGGGAGUAUCGAAUGCAGUUUAGAAGCUGGACUAACGGAAGGGCAGAUGAGACUAUCAUUUGUGGCAGAUGAUGUGGACCUCUUCUACCUCAACUUGCGGGGCGUCUAGGGACUGGAAUCGGUACUUCCAGAAGCUCUACUUCCUGUAAGCAAAGUACGUGUGCAUUUCAGGUGAAUUGAUCCACAAUCGCUCUGCAUCGAUGCUAUUCUUGAACGUUGAACAUGCGUUGCCCAGCUGACCUCGUCAUCCAUUGUGCCUGUCUUAGCAAAGAACAGCCUGCAACACUCAUGACUAGUUCCCCGAGUAUCGGCUAGUGGAAAGUUCUAUUGCGAUCCGUCAUCCCUAAACUUCACGCCCCGUCUCUACACACGAAAUCUAAGAAGAAAUAGAAGCACCCUUCGUCUACUGACUGUCGUUCGACUUGGCUUUGUUAUAAAGGAUACUCACUUUUGCAAAUGAAAGGGUGAUACGUUCGUCGAUGUCACAUUUCAUUGAGUACUGCUCGGCAUGGAAUUGUUCAUGGUCUGAUAUGCACAUCCUUGCUACUUCUUUGUAGUGACUUCUCACCGAUGCAACCGACACAGGGUCACCUUGCUACUUCGUUAUGGAGCAGACAUUUCUAUAUGUUGAAGUUGCUUGUACACUAUAAACGGAUCAUUAAAGGUCAUUGAGAACAUCAUCUCAUCUGCCAAAAAAUGUCUUUCCAGUCCGUUCCCCCCUCUGACGGCGAGUAUCGUAUCAAAGUCUUGGACUCAAACAAGUACGUCGAGUAUGACCCCGGCAAGGGAACUUGGAUCAAGCUCGCGGACCUCAACACUUCCAGCGACAAGCAAAAGUUCAACAUAACACGUAUUCAAGGCACCAACUGUUAUGCGAUUAUCUCCUGCUUUGACGAUAACGGUUUGUACCGUUAUAAGACCUCGGAGACAUACUGGGGUUAUGGCUAUGUACGAGGCAAGGACUCAGGCUCUGAUCGCUGGACGUUCAUUCAAGGCACCCAAUCCGGCAAACAAUUCGCCAAAAUCAAGCUAGACAGUGAGGAUGACGUGUGGGAUAGCGACUCAUCUCUCAGCGAUGGAUGUGUCCAUUUUUAUAAGGAUAAAUCUGAUCGUCCGAACCAGAGAUUCGUCUUUCAAUUAGUUGACAAUCAGGACUCUCCCAUCCCUCCCACUACUAACGUUCCGACCAAUGAAAAAACAUUUCAGAAGUCCUUCUUCUCACUCGACGUCCCGGGGGCCAAAAGUCUCGGUCCUUACGACAUCAUCGUCAUUGGCUCCGGAAUCGGAGGCGGAAUAGUUUCCACGGAUCUCUUUGAUACCAACUCCAUGCUAGGCAAGAAUGCCAAGAAUGUCCUCGUUAUCGAGAAGGGCGACCUCGUCUUCCAUUCUCACUGCCUGAACGCCGCUCGUCCUAGCGGUCUUGGAGAAGACCGCGGACAGCAAAACGAUACGUUCUUUGCGGCCUUCCGUGAUGAUUACAACUUGAGUCCCCAAACGGUCAAGAAGGACUGGAAGGGUGGUCCUAUGUAUAACCUCGGCGGCAGGAGCGCUGCAUGGGGUCUCUUCGCUCCUCGUAUCCACGAUGAGGUUCUUAGGAAAGAGUUCCCUACUACGGUCUACAACGAUCUGUUGUGGACGUAUUAUAUCGAGGCCGAGAAGCUCAUGAUGCUUUCCGAGCCGGAGACGAAGACAAUUCAUCAGAACCUCAUGGAGCGUCUCAACAUCGAAGCGCAGCCUGCCGUUCAAUGGCAAUGGGGACGUAUCGCUAGCGAAUUCCGCGAUACACGAAACUUCGAUUUCGCUGAUGGUGCUUAUAGUACUAUUGAUCGUUUGCUGGAGAUCGCCAUGAGUAAACCUGUUGAUGCUAAUGGCCGCCUCCGUGAACAUGACAACUUCAAGAUUCUGUUGAAUACGGAGGUGCGGAAGUUGGGUUGGGACGCGUCCAAUUCCAAACGCGUCAAUGGUGUCUGGGUUCGCACUCGGGAUGGGAAAGAUGAUUUCAUCCCUCUGAGGACCGGUGGACAGGUUGUUGUCGCUGCUGGUACCGUCUACUCGCCUGCAAUCCUUCUCAGGAGCGGGGUUGAUCUCAAGUCUAACGGCGGUCUCCACGUUACCGACCACGAUAUCUUCUUCAGGGCACUUCCAUUCGAGUACAACGACCCGAAGAAUCGUGAGGUUGUUGGGGCGAUGAAGCUUCAGACAUACGUGCGCACGUCGAACAAUGAGAUCACUUUGGCGAAUAUGUCUCUCGAUGCUUCGUCUUUCCUUCCUCGUCGGGAUAUUCAAUUGAACGAUUACCCCAAGUGGAUCAUCAGUUUCAUUCGCCAGACGCCUCUCAAUCAAUCGAACAUUGUCGAGAUGGUCAAUGACGAACCUGUUGUCACUAUCAAUCGUGUGAAACCCUUCAACAUGCAGGACCCGACCAUUCAGGAGUUGAAGCGUCUUACGUCCAAUGCGACCGAUGUUCUGCAGAAAGCCCUGAAACUCACCUUCCUCGAAGAUCCUGCUUUGCGUAAUUCUGAAUACUUCAAGACCCUUGAAUUGGGCGGUGUGGCUCACGAGCUUGGUACGAUCCCCAUGCAAAGCCCCUCUACCACUUCAUACUGUGUGGAUACCAACCUUAAGCUCUCCGGUUACGAGGGCGUAUAUGUCAGCGAUCUUUCCAUAUUCCCCAUGUCUCCCGAAGUCAACCCGACUCUCACUCUCGCUGCACUGGCCCUUCGUCUCUCGCGUCAAAUCCUCCACCCUCGUCUCAUCAUCUAUAGCCCAUCUGGCAAUAUCACAACCGAGUCUGCCGAUCGUGAUACUGUGUAUGUGAUUAACCAGACGGGAGUUAAGCAGAAGGUCUUCUUGGGCAAUCGCGCUGGUGUUUACAAUGACGGAAAAGACGGUACUGCCGUGCUGGGACCUGGAGAUUCAGAGUCCUGGAAGAGACGGAGUGGAACUGCCGAGGCACUUUCGGUUUUCAAGUUGAGGUACAACAGUCCGACGGAGUUCAGCGACUCACCUUCGGUCAUCCUCGCCAAUCCUGGUCGAAUUUGCCCUCUCCUCUGAUUGUUGUCUAUACGUGUACUUGACUAGAAACCAUGAACUCUGAAGUGCUUUGUCGUCCAAGUGGCGAUUGUAAUAGAUACUGCAUGUACAUUAGAUUUCCGUAAAUCUGGUAGCGUCCUACCCUUCUGAGGGUAUAUUCGACCACGACAAGGACUUGAACGGGAGUGUCGAACAUAGUAGUCUUGAAGCUGGACUAAGGAGGUGCAGAUGGGACUCUCACUGGUGGCGAAUGAUGUGCAACUCCCGAGAUGAUCCUGCCAACGCCACAUUCCGUUUGACAAUUUUUUUUGCCAUG